AUGGCCUUUUGCCUAUGGCUGCUAUGGCUUCUCCGUGGCGGCCUUGCCGAAGACGGCUUGGUAGACAUGACACACAUGCUGGACUUGGAGUUGGAUGGGCCCUUGUGUGAUCCAAGCCGGCUUCCAGAAAUUGAUUGCGAACAUACCUUAUGGCAGCGAUUGCUGGAGCUCCUUUGUCGACAUUGUUCGGCGAACCACUGCGUGAGCAACCCUGAGUUGGCAGAAGUGGCCCAUGCAGUCAUGCAGCUGUACACUACCAUGCUGGAUCAGAACUUGGAGACCUUUGGCUGCAAACAUGGCCUUGUGGCUGCUGUCCUCUUCCACUCCGAGCACGUGGCGUUAGACUUUCGAAGGCCUAGCGCAGAGGUGGAGGCACUCUCACCGCCCAAAACGGUGAGCUUCAACUUGACCUUGGACGAGAUGCGGGUGGAGCCUGCAGUGGUGGAAACAAGAUUGAAAUCUGCAGGCGUGCCAAUUGCUUUGGUGAACAUGUCUUACCUUGAGAUUUCUGAUUCCGACGGGUAUCCGGUCAGAGUGCAGACUGGCGACGAUGGAGUCCACACUCUGGAGUCUGAACGUGAUCCAACACACGGGGGCUUUCCCUUGCGCGUGCGCUACAGGGUGCCUCCGACGGAGCGACGGUUCUUCAGUGUGCAACGCUUCUUUGCGGUGUCGCAAGGCCAUGAGCACUCGGUGCUUUCGAUUUAUUUGGGCCUCCCAGUGAUGAGCCUGGCGCCUUUCCCCUUUCACACAGCAAAGCUUUAUUCAUUGAGGCGGAUCGAGCAGGAAGAGUACGACGCCUUUGUGGCCGAUAUCUCCAUGAAGUUUUCGCGAUCAGGUCUUGCACAUGUGGUGCUGGACAAUGACUACACCCUUCGCUUUUGGGAUGUGACGGCCAGCCAUUCGGAUGAGAAAGGCUAUUUGCAGAACCGCUUUGGUCUUGAUCGUGCACCGGACCAGACACUGCAACGACUCUCGCUCUUUGUUCCCUUCGAGGAGCGGUCCAGGGCUCUCCAACUCUUCCCAUCCUCGCCCAAACUCAUCGACCUGGGCCUUGGCCACGUGCAGUAUGGUGAGCAGCCUUUCGGAUUUGCAUCGAGCCUGAACUUUCGAGUCAUGUGCAGCAGCUGCCUAUGGGUGAGCAUCUAUUUUUAUGUGACCGAAGCACUGGGGUUGGCUAGCACAGGACCUGGCAUGACAGUGAUUCCAUUGGCCUUCUGGGUGCCGUGCAGGAUUCCAGCAGACGAGCUCUUUCCAGUGGCCAACUUGCCCUUGGGACCACGACCUGGUGACGUGGUGCCACGGCCACCUCUUUCAGGCUCCCAGUUGGCCAAGCAGCGAUGGUCCGGAGGGUCGGAUCCUGAUCCCGUCUUCGAAGCGAUUCGAGAGCACUAUGCGGUGAAAGAUCUUCAGAGUCGACGUCGGAGUAUCUACUAUGGGAAGUGCCGUGAGAGCCUUCUGCGAAGGGUGCCUCAAGCAGUUCCUGAGCUCCUGCCAAUGCAUGACAUGUCCAGCUUCUUGAAACUCAGCAUGGAGAACACCUUGGAGUUUAUCAUGGGCUUCAGGCAGAUGCACAAAGCGGCUGGCUUGGAGCUAUACCAGGAUAAAAUUCAGCUUGCCAAGGACUUCGAAGCACGUGGUUAUCAUGUCCCGAAGAUUUUCUACGCCUCCUACGCAGAGGACUUUGAUGUGCUACCAACCCUGCAGGCCCUGGAAGCUCAAGGACGAGCCUAUGUGGCGAAAGCGUCCCACCUUUGCUGUUCACAGGGAGUUUUUGUCAUGGACUCUGGAGUCGAGCGCUUGACCAACCAGAGCCUCCGGCCCGAAGACAUCCAACAGCAGCUGCAACAUGCCUAUGCUCAUCCCUUGUCCGAAGACCAAGUCGAUCCAAAGUGCGGCGACUGGGGGACUGUGGAGGCCGGCAAGAAGCCGGGUGUUUUGGUGGAGGAAUUGUACAGACCUUCAUUGCCCGCAAGCUUUCUAGAUGUGUUGGGCGCUGAUUGGGUCUCGCCAGAUGUCUUGGCAUGCCAUUUGGUGUGGUCCACGUUGUAUCUAUGCCGCUGGGAGAUCAACGUUCGAAGGAGCGGAGAGCGCCACACCGAGUUGUUGGGGACCGUUUUUCGAGAUGGCUCGUGCUUGAGCUGUCGAUAUCCACUACUGGAACUGGUCAAUUGGCCAAGCACGGUGCAGAUGCUGGAAGCUCUCUUGCCUCACACCGACUAUGUGCGGAUCUCGAUUUUCCUCCACGAGACCCGUGAGCCUGUGAUUAAUGAGGUGGAGUAUACCACCGGUGGUCUCGAGGUGUUCCCAGUGCCAAUUGCACGUGAGUGGACCUUGCGAUGGCUGGAGGGCUACUACGAUUCACAGCCCUUCAAGGAGCAGGAGGACGAUACAUUGCUGUGCUGUCCCGACAUGGAACUGCCGCAGAAUAUGAAGGAUGACUUGGAUGCCUUGCCAGGAACCUCGCGGAGGUGCAAACUUUAUUCCUUGCUGUGCUUGAGCUGUUUCUUGAUUGCUGGUAUAGCGGUUGGGGUGAUACUACUCGAGAGUAUCACUAAAAAGACGGCGAAAGGUAUGCUUGCGAAGGAGCGGCAGAAAUGGCUUGAUGAAGGUGCAAUUGGUCUACCUCCAGGUUUCUGUGAGGAGCAUGCGAUGCCUGUUCCGGAUGUGACGGAUCCUGACUGGGCCAAGCGUGCGGUUCAAGAAAUGACUGAGGAGGAGAAGUACCGCCUCAUUCACGGAGUUGGCUUCGCAGGUUUCAAGCUCUUGCGGGGCUACUACGUGGGAUCUGUCUUAGGCGUACCUCGGCUUGGCAUCCCCUGCAUCAAGAUGCAGGAUGGGAGCGCUGGCUUCCGCACCAGUGACGAGGACAUUGUCGGAACUGUGACCUCCUGGCCGUCUCCACUGGCCGUGGCCGCCACCUGGGAUAGCAAGUUGGUCGAAACAUGGGCAGCUGCAAUGGGUAAGGAGUUCCGAAUCAAGGGAGCCAACAUGAUCCUAGCACCGGCUGUGAAUCUGCACAGAACUCCCUUUGGUGGGCGCAACGCUGAAUACCUCUCUGGCGAGGAUCCCGUCUUGGGGAGCAUUCUGGUCAAGGCGUUUGUGAAGGGCAUGCAAAAGGAUGCCGGUGUCGCAGCAGCUGUGAAGCACUUUGCGUUGAAUGACCAGGAGUCGAGACGGACGAGUGUGAACUCGGUGGUCUCGGAGCGAGUUCGUUGGGAGAAAUUCUAUGUGCCUUUUCAGUCGGCGAUUGAUGCGGGAGUGGCCGCAGUGAUGUGCUCCUACAACUUGGUGGAUGGCAAACAGGCUUGCAGCAAUCGUGACCUACUUCAGCGAGACCUUAGGGAUCGGAUGGGAUAUCGGAACUUUGUGGUGAGUGACUGGUGGGCCAUUCGAGACGAUGAGGCAGCGAAAGCUGGCACGAACAUCAAUAUGCCUGGAGAUGACCAGAGAUACUCCAAGACGAAACUUGGAUCGACGUUGCCAGACCAUCGUCUUGAUGACAUGGUCGAGCAAGUUCUCAGGGGCAUGGGCAGUUCAGGCGCCUGGUCGGAUCUACCCGGAGAUGACUGCCGAGUUGGGUGUAACUGCGAAGAGGCACUGUACAGCAAGAAGGCAACAAGUCCCGAGCACUUGGAACUGGCGAGGAACAUCGCCGCUCAAGGGGCCGUCUUGUUGAAGAAUGAGCAUUCAAGUGGAAAGCCCGUUCUCCCCUUGUCCUUGGAUCAGAAGGUGGCCGUGAUCGGUGAGGCUUGCGUCCUCAAGGUCGAUGUGACCGAUCAGGAGGAGGUUUGGACUGCUGGGUCCUACUAUGGGAUUGGUGGCACGAGCCGGGUUCUGUCUCCCGAUGACAUUUCGAUACUCGAUGGCAUGCGGCGCUACACAGAGAACCUUGUAAGAAGCCCAACAGACCUGACGGGCUUUGCCCGAAAAGCCAUGCAAGGCUCUGAUGUGGCAGUGGUUUGCGCAGGCACCACGGCCACAGAAUCGGUGGACCGAAGGACGUUACGCUUGGACCAGGAUGCAUUGGUUGGGGAGGUGGUUCGGUUGGGUGUGGAGCUCAAGGUGCCCGUGGUGGUCAUUGCACUGGCCCCUGGUGCUGUGGUCAUGCCCUGGAGUGCGGAGGCCACUGGGAUCUUGAUGAUGUUCCCUUCUGGCCAGAUGACAGGCCUUGCAGCAGCUGACCUCUUGUUUGGUGCCAGAAUGCCUGCUGGAAAGCUUCCGCUCACCAUUCCCCAAGAGGAGUCCGAUGCCUUGAGACCAUGUGCGGAGAGGAAUUGCCCCUACCAGGAACAGCUGUUUUCGGGCUGGCUCCUCUACACCAGUCGUGACGUUGCGUUUCCUUUCGGCUACGGUCUUAGCUACACGACCUUUGAGUACAAGCCCACCAAGCUGUUGGGGCCCACGGAGGUUGGAAGCGUCCAUGUCACCAUCAAAAAUGUUGGCCAAAAGCCUGGGAGAGAGAUCGUACAACUCUACAUGAGAUAUCCCAGCAGUGUGCCUGACAUCCAAGAGGAGCCUGCAACGCAGCUACGUCGCUUCCACCGAACUCGAGAACUUCAACCAGGGGAGGCAGAAGAUGUUGUUCUCAAGCUGAGUGCCCGUGACAUGUCGAUCUGGGACAAGACUGUUUCAGAUUGGAUGACGGUCUAUGGCAGCUUCAAGGUUGGGGUUGGUGCAUCCUCGCGUGACUUGCGUCUUUGCAGCACCUUUGUGCACCAGAAAGAUGUUUCUGAAGCGGAAGUAUCUUUAGAGCCUUGCCGCUGGAGCGAUGUGCUCUCUUCAUGA